ACAACCUACCGCUGUUAAUGUACGUUAGACUCCCGGUGGAAGGGGUUGUUAGUUGUGCUUUUAGUCUGGUUAUGUUGCGGUUUUAAACUAAAAAAAUAUUUUAUAGAACUUAAGGAGGUUUAUGUUUAUGGAUAGACGGAAGACAGCGUGUCUUUGAACGGAUCUACAGGUAAAAUGCCCUUGCAUGGUAAGAUAGUGGUCAUCAAGAGGAGCGGAGAAGAUGGCACUGAGUUCCCUCUGACUGCGUCAUGUAUGUUUGGAAGGAAGGCUGAAUGUGACAUUCGUAUUCGGCUUCCUCAUGUCUCCAAGGAACACUGCAGGAUUGACCUGAAUGAAAACAAAGAGAUCAUUCUGACCAAUCUGAGCUCAGUUUAUCCGACCCGUAUCAACGGAGAGGUUCUGCAUCAGUCUGAACACCUGAAACAUGGCGAUGUCAUAACUAUUGUUGAUCGUUCUUUCAGGUUUGAGUAUGCGCCUGCGUCGACACCAAGGAAGAAGAGGACUUCUUCUGGGGCCACGUCUGAAGCCCGGAAGGUUCUUCGGCAUCAGCAAGUGGCCGACAGUGGCGUCGCUGACUCGGCACAGAAGAGGAUCUCUGAAGUGGCCACAGAUGGCGCCAACUAUGACAACAUACAGCGAUCCUUGGAGAAAACCUUGGAAAUGGAGUCCCAGGAAGAUGGGAACAACUCUCCAUUCAGCGAUCUCUAUCAAAUGAUCAAAAAGUCUCUGGAUGUGAAGACCCCCCGCAAGUCUUCUGCAAGUGUGCUUCAGACACCGUCUUCAAAGUUCUGCACUCCAAGACCCAGUUUAGAUGUCAAGAGGGGUGAAGAAGAUGUCAUUCUCACGCCCGAGAAAGAAGAAGAAGAAGAUAAACUCCCUGCAGAUCCCAAAGGUAAAGGGAGUAAAACCCCAGAAUCUGUGAAGAAGUCGAGGAAGAGCUUCCCUGCUGAGGGAUCUGGACCCACGGUGGACGAAGCUGGAAGCUCCGGAGCUCCUUUACAGCGGAGAGCAAGUUUACCUCUUCAGAAGUUCCCUGCCACAGAGGUUAUUGAGCAGGUUGCAGCUCCAACAUGCCAGUCCCCUGUCAGAAGGAGAAGCAAGCAAGCCACCCCGGGGAAAUCCGCUGUGUCCACACCACAAGUAGAGCAAGCUGGUAUUUCUCCCAAAGUGGAAAGUUCCCCAGAGAGAUCUUCUCAAAACUCAGGAUCAGCUGAAAAAGUGAAAGUGUCCCAAAAACGCAAGAACCAGGAGCUUGGGACAAACGUGUCCAUACAAGCAACCAAAAGGAAGCGUGUUUCCUUUGGAGGCCAGUUGAGCCCCGAGUUAUUUGACAAACGCCUGCCGCCUGACUCUCCGCUGCGGAAAGGGGCCGCUCCACGCAGAAGCUUGUCUCUGUAUAAACCCAAACUGUCUCUGCUCAGAAGAGCGUCUGUUAUUGGCUUGCUAAAAGAACAAAGGACACCCCCUAAGAAGCUGUUAAAGACCACUUCUCCCAAGACUUCAGUUGGGAAGGCAUCGCCAAAAUCCAGGUCUCCUUCACCUGCUAAGAAGUCUCCACUGUCCAAAUCCACUUCACCCAAAGCCACUUCUCCAAAGGCUGCGACUCCAGCUCAGAAGUCUCCUAAAUCCAGGUCCACUUCUCCAAAGGCUGCGACUCCAGCUCAGAAGUCUCCUAAAUCCAGGUCCACUUCUCCAAAGGCUGCAACUCCAGCUCAGAAGUCUCCUAAAUCCAGGUCCACUUCUCCAAAGGUUGCAACUCCAGCUCAGAAGUCUCCUAAAUCCAGGUCCACUUCUCCAAAGGCUGCGACUCCAGCUCAGAAGUCUCCUCCUAAAUCCAGGUCCACUUCUCCAAAGGCUGCAACUCCAGCUCAGAAGUCUCCUAAAUCCAGGUCCACUUCUCCAAAGGUUGCAACUCCAGCUCAGAAGUCUCCUAAAUCCAGGUCCACUUCUCCAAAGGCUGCAACUCCAGCUCAGAAGUCUCCUAAAUCCAGGUCCACUUCUCCAAAGGCUGCAACUCCAGCUCAGAAGUCUCCUCCUAAAUCCAGGUCCACUUCUCCAAAAGCUGCGACUCCAGCUCAGAAGUCUCCUAAAUCCAGGUCCACUUCUCCAAAGGCUGCAACUCCAGCUCAGAAGUCUCCUAAAUCCAGGUCCACUUCUCCAAAGGCUGCAACUCCAGCUCAGAAGUCUCCUAAAUCCAGGUCUACUUCUCCAAAGGCUGCAACUCCAGCUCAGAAGUCUCCUAAAUCCAGAGCUUGCUCUCCCAGGGCCUUGGCCAGCUUGACACCUGCUAAAACACCCUUGAAUCCAGGAAACCAAACCCCGUUUGCCCAGGGUCGCUUCUCUGUGUCACGUAUCCGGACCCCGUCUCCAACAGCAGAAGUCGUACAACAGCUGCCUUCACUUACUGUUACCCCCAAAAUCCCACUGAGGAGGAAGAGCAUGAAGAGCACGUCACGAAGGACUCCAAGUGUUGCCAAGAGUGCAGUAAAAGUUCUUCAGAGAAGAAGCGGCAUUUCACGGGCAUCAAUGAAAGUUCCAAGUUCCUGGGCAAAUAUUGUCAAAUUUGGACAAACCAAGACGUCAGUUGUUGCUCCAGCUGAAAAGAAGACGAUACAGAAAGCCCAGAAGAAGGGCGUGUCCAAACCACAGACUCCUGCCAGGAAACUAAAGGGCCACACGAGCACCGGCCAUGCAGACUCUCCUGCCACCAUCGUUGUGGGGAGAGCUCACAAAAGAACCGUCACACAUCCAACCGGGGCCGCACCAAAAGUGAUCAUUAAUGCUGCCUUGUUCAAAAAGGACAUGAAAAUGGACGAAGACCUGACAGGGCUUUCUGAGAUGUUCAAAACUCCUAUAAAUGAGAGAAGAAGGAAGUCAGUGGUAAGUGAGCGCAGUGCCAAGAAGACGCCAGCAGGGGUUCUGGGGGCUUCUAUGGUGGAACCGUCGGUGCUAAAGACUCCAGAGGAGCCAGAUGAAAUGAUUGUGUCUCCGCUGAGCGUGGCGUCUACAGUAAAGAGUCGAAGAUACAACAGUGAGGCAGUCCAGCGUCUUCUCGGCGAGGAAGUUUGUUCUGAGUCUGAGCAGCUGGGCACAGACCCAAAGGCGAGCUCUGUUCAAACCCCCAAGCAGAAACCAGAAGCACCAGUGUGCCUCACUGGAGUCAAGAGGAUCAUGAAGACCCCAAGACAAAAAGCUGAACCUCUGGAGGACAUCAGGGGAAACCUUCUGGUGACUCCCAGACAAAAAGCCCAACCACAUGAUGGCCUAACCGGGCUCAAAAGAAUCUUUAAGACUCCAAAGGUGAAAGGGGAACCUGUUGAAGACCUUCGGGGAAAACUCCUGAAGACCCCAAAAGCCAGAAAGAGCGCUGAUGUGAGCUUGGAUGGCGUUAAGGAGCUUUUCGGGACGCCUGUCCUCCAGUCCCAGAUGCUGGGUGUUACCGCUGCUGAGAAGACGAUACAGAAGAACGCAGCAGUUGAAGAGAAGGUUGGUGUGAAGAGGCUCCAGGGUGCUGCCAGACAGAAAGCAACGCCUGUAAAGGACAACUUUGGCAUCAAAAGGCUGAUGAAAUCUCCCAGACUGAGAAAUCCUCCAGUGGAAGACUUUGAGGGACUUAAGGAGCUCAUGGAGGAGCCGCUGACGUACCUGACAGAGCCGCAGACAGCCGAGUCACCAGAUGCCACAGAAAGCCACCCUCAGAGUGACGCAGACCAGCCGCAACCAGAACCAUCCCAGGAUCCCAUCCUGUCAGCACCAGCAAGAGGAAGGAGAGGAAAGAAACCCGAGGCCACAGCACCACCUGCUGGCAGACGAGCAACAAGAGAGAGGAACGCACAAGCCACUGAAAGCAGAGAUGCUGUUGCUGCGGUGGAAGAAAGUCUCCCCCAGCCGUCAAAGGUCCCCCUGAAGCCAAGGCGAGGAAGAAAUGGCAAAAUUCAAAAUGAGGCAGCAGAACCGGAGCAGGCUGCUGCUGCUGAAGAGAAGGUGUCCCCAGAACCAGCAAUGGAUGCGAGCCCAGCUGCUGAUGUUGAGAACAAAGCAAAAGAAAGCCCCGCACCUGUGCUGAAGGCCAAGCGAGGAAGAAAGCCUAAACAGCCCGUAGACCCCAUACCGCCGCAGCAGGACCUUCCUACAGAAGCAGACGGCAGCGUGCAGCCGCAGGCUUUGGCGGGCGAGAGUGCUGACUCUGCAGGUUCUGUGGAAGAUGUUGCCCAGGUUCCUGAAACCGUCAAGCUACCCGACAAAGAUGGAGAAAUGAGUGUGAGUCAGAAAAAAUCUGCCAGAGGCAAAAGAGCUAAAUCCCUGGAAUCUGAAGCAGCUGAGGAUACGCAGGAAGUUCAGAAAAGCUCCGAUGAGCCUGUUCUUGCUCCAGUCAGGGGAAGAAGAGGCAAGAAAACAGAAGCCCCCGCUGUUAAACACACCACAAGAACCAGAAAUGCUAAGGCUCACAGCGCUGCGGAUCAGCCAGCUAUGGAAGCACCAGCGAUAGCUGAGGUUUCCUCUGAGGCCGUGACAGUCCAAACGGCAGAGAGGUUCAGUGAAGAGGCAAAGGAUGCUGUACCUUCAGCACAGGAAGUGACCACCAAGCCUCUCAGGGGGAGGAGAGCUAAAGCAGCACCCAUGGAGGCAGAGAAAACUGAAGCUGAUGCUGAUGCUGGGACUGUUGGUAAACCCAGGAGAGGAAGGAAAAACCAAUCUGAUGUUAAGAAGCCAGCUGAGCUGGCAGAAGAUACCAGUCUCUCUGUGGAGACGGAGUGUCCAUCUCAGCCUCCUGUGAGGGCUAAAAGAGGAAGAAACGCUCCACAGAGAGAGGAACAACAGAUUAACACCAAGAUGACCUCACAGGAGACCUCUGACUGCCAGGAGCCGCCCAAGAAAUCCCGGAGAACAAGACAACCAGAGCAAGACCUUGUAAAACCCAUCGAUGCCGUCCAUUCAGCUGAGACCGUCCCAGAGAAGGAGCAGCUUCCUGUUGCAGAACCAGAGGGUGAACCGAGCGCUGCAGCUGCUAAGCCCAGGAGAGGAGGGCGCAAAGCAAAACCAGACGCUCUCACUGAGAAUCCUGCCAAGUCCACAGAUCUCCACGUCGAUGCCACAGAGAAACCAAAACGCAGUAGAAGAGGAGAACAGAUCGCUCAGGAAGCCAUCCCUGCUGAAGAUCCCAAACAAGAAGAAAUGCCUGUGCCAUCCCCCCAAAUCAUUAAACCCAGCAGGGCGAGAGCCGUAAGAAGUGAGGCUUCACAAGCCGCUCCAGCCAAGAGAGGACGGCGGGGUGCAGCUCCUCCAGAGGUACCCCCAGAAGAACCUGCAUCACAGGCAGAGUCUGCUCCAGAACCAGCCGCACCAACAAAAAGAGGAAAACGGGCCGCGGCAAAGCCCAAAGCAGAGGAAGAGGCUGUGGAGACCAGCGGUGAGGCAGAUUCCUCCCAAGAUUCAAAGACCAACAAAAAAUCAGUCAGGUUUAGAUUGGCCAAGGAGGCUAGUGAAACUCCCAAAGCUACGCCGGUGAAGGCCACCCGAGGCAGGAGGUCCAGAACCACAGAGCAGACCGACGCUGGCAGCAACGACGGAACAAAGGAGGCCAAAAGCUCUGAAGAGAAAAAUCUCUCCGACGUCGAGGAGCAGCCUGCCAAGAGAGGAAGAAGAGGAGCUAAGGUUGCUGAGGUGUCAGCAGAAGAUACUGCAACCAAAGCACGGCCCAAAACCCGGCGGGGGGCAACUGCAAAAAAAUAAACCGCCGGUGCAAAUAUUCUAAAUCCUCAUUACGGUUUUCCUAAAUGUUUUUGUUAAUUUUAGAUCUGAGGGCAUUGUAGAGGGUAAUUUUAUCGACUGAAAAUUAAGCACUGCUUUUGCUCUUCUGCUUCAGGAAUCUUUGUUAAAAUCCUUAUUUUUUUUGAAAGUGGAAUUGUUUCCUUUAUGGUUCUACAAAUAUUUUAUUGUUGGCUGGAAAAAAAAAAUUAAAACUUUUUUACUACAAUA